CCAAGAGUGUUUCUUUCCUCUUCCUCUCUUCCUUUGUACAGUAAUUAAUCAUAAUUGCUGUUCGUGUAGGCGGGUUUCGAUGGUCUAUCGAAAUUACCAACCAUAGUUCGCCCCAGCACAAACCCCGAUUCGAUCCUGGCUGGAACCUAGGCGUUGAUCCUCGCUCCCUUUUCCUCACUCCCUCGCUAUUUGGUUGUCUCACUCUUAUCCUGUCAAGCCUGUGUCUCGAGCACAGAGCUCAUGUCCCUUCCUUUUACAGUCGAUUCUCUUAUACAAAGUGCCAUCUCGACCGUAGCCACAACUACCCUCAAUGCAGCGAUAGGCGUCGACCUCGUUUCUACACCAACUACUGACCUGUCCUCCUUUUUUGCUACGACGGCGACGGCGACGGCGAUAGCAGCUGCCGCAACUACCGCAAUGGCCCCUCCCGAAGGCGAUCAUGGUGGAGAGGGCGAGUGUCGAUUACUCGGCCCAUUUGCUUUGUUUGUGCAGCUUGCGCUAGGCGGGUUGGCCAUGCUAUCUCUAGUCUACAAGCGGUGGCGAGAACGACCGCAGCGACCCGUCAAGAUCUGGUUCUUCGACGUGUCUAAACAGGUGUUUGGGUCGGUGCUGGUACACAUUGCGAACGUCUUCAUGUCCAUGCUCACUAGCGGUCGGUUUUCUAUUAAGUCGGACCCGGUUAGUGUUCAUGCGGAAAGGAUGAUGCGAAGGGAAGACGACCAAUAUACGCCGAAUCCUUGUUCCUUUUAUUUAUUAAAUUUAGGAAUUGAUACUACUCUCGGCAUACCUAUUCUUAUUAUCCUCCUUCGCGUCACCACUGGUCUUGUGGCCUAUACACCCUGGGGUAAGCCGCCAGAGUCGAUCCAAUCGGGAAAUUACGGCAGCCCACCCAAUGCUUGGUGGUGGUUAAAGCAGUCUGUCAUCUACUUCUGCGGCUUGUUUGGCAUGAAAAUCUGCGUCCUCAUAAUAUUCUUGAUAUUGCCAUGGAUAUCACGCGUGGGAGAUUGGGCACUCAGGUGGACCGAGGGCAACGAGCGCGUUCAAAUUGUCUUCGUCAUGAUGCUAUUCCCCCUCAUCAUGAACGCGAUACAGUAUUACAUCAUCGAUAGUUUUAUCAAACUAAAGGAGGACACAGGCCACGAAAGACUACCAUCGGAUGAGAACAACGACGUGGAUCCUUUUGACGAUGCGCUUGCGAGCAGUGACGACGAGGGCUCCAUCAGUGGAGAGAGCAACGAAAGUAUGAAGCUUUCGAAAUCUCGGAAUUUCAAGAAGACUGGGGGUAAGAAUCCAGAAGAUGGACUUGAAGAAUACGACCCAGAUCUGGACGGCCUAACGGUUGUAGGGAGCAGCAGGAGUCAAGGGGAUAGAGGCAAAUUACUACCCAAAGAACUGGUUCCUCAUGAGUAAAAUAGGGCUCCGUCUCCCCUUCUCCCCCUUUCCCCCCUUCCCCUCGCCCUCCUCCUUUUCCUUAUAUCUUGGGAUGGACAUUGUGUUUGUUGCUUUUGUAAUGUUAGAUAUCAUGUGCCGCUAUACAUACGGCACACCUAUUAGCAUAGGCGCGGAUCUGGGUAUCGUACACGUCGAAAUAUAUGAUUGGCCUCACAUGCAGUGGUGAUGGCAUCCAGAAACAUCAUGGAUUGGUUCAAUAUACUGCUUCCCGCUUGUGAGCCCCGUCGGGAAUCCGCAUGAGUCUUAGCUGCAUGUUGCUAUUAUUUCUUGCCGCUCUUUGUGGGUUAUAAGACUACGAUGAGUUG